AUGAAGAGAUCGCUACCUUUCUCACGCUCUAAGAGGCUUAAAUCCAGGCGACCUAUAGUCUCUUGGGCUCUGAAGCAGAAACACAAAAAAUUCAGUCAGAAUCUUCCGCUGAACAGUUCAAACGCGCCACUUAAUUGUCCAUUAGUAGGAUGCUCUGGAAUCGGUCAUAUUAAUGGUAGAGAUACAGGGCAUAUAACUUUAUCUGGAUGUCCGUUGUAUCACAAUAUGAACUUUACGAAAUGGGCAGAAAUGCGUGCUCGGGAGGAGGGUCUUGUUGUUUCAGAAUCUCUAAAGCGAAGUUCCGAAUCAUCCCCAUCACCUUCUAAAGUCAAACACAGAAUUGAUCGCUCCCAUCAGUUUAAAACGACACAGCGGGAGCCCUUGCUUGAUGAUCUAGGUAGUCAAGUUGAAUUAUAUCAAUUUCGCCGUGCACAACAGAGAUUAGUUUCAACCCAUGAGAUGGAUGCUAGAGAACACUUACUGUUGUGUGCUCGAUUAGCUUCAAAUUCAGGAACUGCACCUAUUAAUGCAUUCGCAGAGAAUAUCGAAUUCGCUACGGAACAGCGCAUACGUUCCGUGAUAUUCGGAACAUGGGAUUUACAACCAUGGUGUCAGAGCAACUAUCCAGCCGAUUUGAGUUGUCUUCCUACUAUAUACGUCUGUGAAUUUUGCCUAAUGGGGAUGCGCCAUCAGACCGCAUACGAUCGACAUAAAAUGAAUUGUGGUCGAAUGUUUCCUCCAGGUAAUGAAGUGUACAGGAAAGAAAAUUUAUCAUUUUUGAAAUCGAUGGACAAAAACAUCGGGAAUAUUGUCGUAAUUUUGCAUGAUUUAGACCAAGUUCCAGCGUUUUUAUUUUACCUACUGACAGAAACAGACCAAGAUGGUUCACAUAUUAUUGGCUAUUUCUCAAAGCAAAAAGCUGAUGACCAGUGUGAUAAUUCAACCAACACUGUAUACAAUAAUCUUUCAUGUAUUCUCAUAUUACCACCUUACCAAUGUCGUGGUUUUGGCCGCAUGCUUAUCGAGAUGAGUUCCAGCAAAUACAUGAGUAUUUCAGUCAAGUUACUCCUAAGUGAUAUUCUUUAA